AUGAGGCUCACGAUAGAGGACCUGAAGGUGAUCAUCAUGCACCACCUGCGCACAGGUUUCUUCUUACUCGGCGGGCUCGGCGGCAUGGAGGUGGAGGGCCUUGCCAUGGGUAGCCCGAUGGGGAGACGCAUAUCCGAGGCAAACAGCAUGGGCUACAUUGCUUGGAUCCUGGAAAUACGCUACACGGACGAUUACAUCUUGCUCUGGAAGGGCUCGCCCCAACUGCGGGCCAACGACAUCACCAUGUUGUCGGCAUGCUUGGCGCGCCGGGCCUUGGAGCGAUAUCCUCUGCCCCGUGGACGCGACGACUCCCUCAAGUUCGUCAGCACGGACAUCCAUUUGAACCUGGACGGGUCUGUGGAGAUCCGACCCGCCGUCGGGCACCUAGGCGGUGCGGGUCGGGAUUUCGAGUUCGAAGGCUUCGUGCCCUACUACAGCUUCGUCCCUCGAGGGAUCGAGCGCGCGGUGGUCCUCGGCAUCGUGGCGCGGGUGGCUCAAUUCACCUCCCCGCCCACCCUCCGCCUCGACGCUCUCAGCGGAUCCGGGCAGCACCUCAUCGAGGUGUCCGGCUACCCGGAGCAGCUCUUCAAGACGUGGGUAAGUGAGGGAAUGUGCCAUUGGUCCACGUAA